AUACGCUUUUCUACUGAAGAGACCGUACCGUACUACGGUCAUUUACGGUCAUUUGGUGACGUUUCACUUCAGGAAUGAAGCUUUCGGUUGUUUGGAACUCGCGUACGUGCUCGUGUAUCAUCGAUAAAAUUCGGUAUUCGCGCUCGUAAAAGGGGAAAUGGAGAAGGAGAGGUGGCUCGUGGACGCGGUUGGCGUUGCAAUUCACCGCAGUUCUCCGCACGAAUAAACAAAUAAUAAAAAACAACAAUUUUAAUCAUAAUGUCAAUAGUUAUUGGUCAAAACGUCUAGAAACGACGUACCAGUGUGAGCCACCUUCAUUAUAACGUGCGCGGAAACCGCGAGUACAAUGGGUCGUGUGUGUCUUUUGUAGAUCUACAUGUACACGUGAAUAUCUACAUCUAUAUCUAUAUAUCAUUCGUGUGUGCGUUACUGCCAGUCGACGCGAUGCACGACGGGAUAUUGGGUUGCGCUUUGGCCCGAUACAAGAUGGCUGGCACUUGUUAGUAGUGUAUUUUUGUACGUUUCAAUGUUCAUUUGAUAGAUACAAAAGAAAACAACAACAAACACAAACGAUAUCAAGACUAAUAGUUCGCGGUGUCUUGAGAUUGUCAUCGAAAGGUCAAAGAAACCAAAUCGUAUUACCGCGAGUGACUGACAAAUCUUUCGCGUUUCGUCGCGAUCUUAAUUUUUUGUCUUUCUUUUCUUUUCUUUUUUUUAUUUGUAAUAAUGUAUCGUCGCGCGUCAUUGCAAUGUGCCGUAAAAGUAUACGGGUUUGAGGGUAAUCGUGUGAUUCCGCCGUAUUUCGUAGCUCUGAGAUCGUUGUGAAAAUACCAUUAUAUAUUAUCGUGAUGCGAAUUCGCACUGCCAAACGGUUUACCUGGCUUUUGGGUGACAGUGUUAUAAUCCUAUUAUCUUUGUGAAGUGAGAUUUUGUUUUCUUCCAUUCGAAUCAACUGUUUUCAUCAUCUGUGAAUGUAAUUUCCUGAUCGUUUGGAUUUUGGACGGUGUUAAAUGAGAGAAGAAUCACCGAGGUGGCGUUAGAGGGCAGAGGUGAGACGCGGCAAGGUGUGGCCGAUAUCGGUGGGAUGAAUGGAACUACGGCGUUACGCCGCAGUGCCGGGGGUGGCGGGGCAGGAAGCCAAGAACCACCACCCGUCGCGACCCUCGUUGUCUACAAAGACGAUGCUGGAUACGGAAUGAAAGUUUCCGGCGACAAUCCCGUAUACGUACAAUCGGUCAAAGAGGGUGGAGCAGCUGCGAGAGCCGGAUUGCACGCCGGGGACAAAAUAAUCAAGGUUAACGGAGUUAACGUUAUGCAGUCAACGCACACCGACGUCGUUGAGCUGAUAAAGUCAUCAACUCAGGUGGUUUUGACGGUACAGCAAAAGCCAGCGACGACGUCGACGUCGCUGCACGUUGGUGGACCGACGUCGACGAUACAUCAACAAUUGCAGAGACCGGCGAGUCUGAGCUCAGGAACGACGAUGGUUUCGCCGACGCAGCCGGCAACCUCGCUGCACCGGGCCUCGACAGCGCCAGCCGGUGGCGCACCGACUUCUUGCAACGCUCGUAUAACGGGCCCUCAACCCGUCGACCACGAGAAAAAACGACAAUUGGAGACUCAGCGAGUGCACACGUUUCAAUUAAUGUUGGAGAAGGAGCAAAGUUACGUAGACAAAUUGCGUAGCGAGCUGGCAAAAGCGGGUGCGGGUGCUGGAAGCGUAAGCAGCGUGACGACUCUGCAGGCUGAAUUGGCCGGUGCCGAGAGAAGGGUUCGCACAUUGCAAGAUCAACUUGCUGCGAUAACAACGAGCGACCAGCUUUGCUCGUUGGUAACAAACACUUCGACUUGCCCCGGCAAUUAUUCCAAUUCCGCUGGUGGUACGAAUAGCAUUGGUAUCGGGGGUGGUGGAGAUAUACCGCCACCCUUGCCAUCUCGAAAAUCCCUGUCCAUGCAGAGUUUAUCCCCGCCUCCUUUGCCACCCCGACCUCCUCCAAUCACCUCAAACACGAACAACAUUGUCCAGUCGGAGCUGGAUCGACAUCUGCUGACUCAUUUAACGCCCCCGACAACAAGUCACGGCAUAUCUAACUCUCUGUCGCAGGGUGCGAAUCUUGGCUCGUCAGGCUCAUUGAACAAACACCAGAGAACGAAAUCGAGUCCAGAACAAUUGAGCACGACGAUAAUUUCACCGUCUGAAGCUAGCCGACGCCUCAUCGCUUCUGAAUCGAUGAACGAUCUCUCACCUCCAAGACAUCCCGGACGACACAGCAGCAGCAUCGAUCUCGACGAUCCCGUUCACGUCACACCACCGGGAACACCACCUCCGCCGUAUCCUCAACCGUCACCCGCCAAUGAAUCCUCCUCGACCAUUAAUGACAGUUUAAGUGAUAGCUUCGUAACGAUUUCCCCCAUUCGACUGCCAAUGAACGAAAGUACACCAGGACUGCCACCUAUUCAGCAACCUAUAAUGUCCAUGGAAGAUGACGACAUGAGCGAUCAAGAAGUUGGUCAGCUGGAAGAUCACGGACCUUUCAAGUCGCUCUCGAGAUUGUGGGAGCAUCACGCCCACCUUUCCGUAUUUAUAAAUUACGUACUAUCCAACAGUGACCCCUCCAGUCUGUUGUUCUACUUGAUAACGGAUUUGUACAAGGAAGGGAACGCCAAAGAAAUGAAAAAAUGGGCUUAUGAGAUUCACUCGAGUUUUCUAGUACCUGGUGCGCCGUUGCGAUUGAACAACGUCGAUGAAAAUGUCGCCCGCGAAAUCGAUGAUGUUCUUCUCAAGGAAUCCGACAAGGAGGAAAUUUUACGGAAGAUAUUCUGGAAAGCAAGAACUCGUGCCAAGGAAGAAUUGAACGAACAACUCGCGGAUUUUCAACAAAAACGGACCGCCGGUCUGGGCAUGUUGUUCGGUCCGAGCGACACUCAACUCGACGAGAGCGCCACGGACAAAGUUCAAGAGACGAAAAUAAUCGAAACUUAUCUUCUUCCGACAAUGCAACCGCAUCUAGAAGUUAUCGAGAAAGAUCACGUGGAUCUUCGUCAAUUUACCACGGCAGCUGGUCUGGCGACAAUAUUGACGAAGAUAUUCCAAGUCCGACCAAUGUCGCUUGACGGAGUACCGACUUUCGUUGCGAAAGACAAGUCGAAUUUGAAGGCUCGUAUUUUGACCGGAAAAACGAGAAAAAUGACGGUAUGCGGUCAUCAUUUUGUGGCUCAUCAGUAUUUCACCGUUACUUACUGCAAUCACUGUGGACUCAUUAUUGGUGGUAUUGGGCCGCAAGGAUAUCAGUGCAGUGUUUGUUCUCUCAGCGUUCAUCGCCUUUGCGUUCGAGUCGUCGAGGAGAAUUGUCCAGGUCCUUUGAAUAGGAAAGAGCGAACGAGCGCGAACGACCGUAUAAGUCGAAUAAUGGAACGCAUACGGCCGGAAAGGAAGCCGCCAUCGCACCACCAUCAUCAUUCGCAAAACCACAUGCACUUGAUCGAACGAGCUAAGCGAGGGGAAGAAGAUGCUGGAGUUAUGACCGAUGGCGAAAAUGGAGAACAUCGCGGAGGCGGCGCAAGCGGAAACACCCGGAGCAGCAACGAACGAGGACGCGUUUCCGCUUACGGCGAUUAUCCUGAUAGCAUGGACAAUCCUUCCUCGAGAGAAGAUAUAUCAGAAAUGGUGCAGCAAAAUAUUUCCAGUAAGCCAAAGACGUCGAACAUAAAUAGGUCUGAAAGUUACAAGGAGCGGAUACAUCACAAGAGGCAGCUGCGAGAAAAACGAAAAACGAGUGAUCCCAAUCUCUCCAAGACCAAGACUGGUUUCAGUGAUUGCGAAGCGGCUGGAUCAUUUCCUGGAAAUUCGGCGGGCAGCUCGUCGAACAGCAGCUUGUCAACGAGAAGCUUGGACAGUCCUAGUACCAGCCUGGAACAAGUACAUCCGGCAAAUGCAGGGGCGAAUACGUCAACCUCGUGGGACAGCGAUGUCGACGUCGAGGCAGAUCCACCCGAAUGGAGUCAGGGUGUCUCCGAGGAAGUCCUCGCGCGUCUCAGUAAUUCCGAAAAAAAGAGACAAGAGGUCAUCAAUGAAUUGUUCCAUACAGAACGAUCACACGUACGCGCGUUGAAAGUUCUUUCCUACGUCUUCCACAGGCCUCUACUCGAGUCCGGGGUUCUUCCCCUCGACCAAAUCCAAUUAUUGUUCUCGAAUCUUGACGAGAUGGUGACGAUACAUUCGCGUUUCAACCAAGCGAUGAAGCGCAAGAAAAAGGAGAAUCCAUGCGUGGGUGACAUAGGCGAUUUGUUGUUGGAGAUGUUCGAUGGCGAGGCGGGGGAGGCGUUUGAGCGUGCUGCAUCGACUUAUUGUGCGAAGCAACAGGUAGCAUUGGACGCGUUGCGGGAUCGUAGACGCAAAGAUCCAAAGCUGAAUUCGUUCCUAAACGAGAUCGAGGCGAACACGUUGUGUCGUCGUCUCCAGUUGAAAGACCACAUUUUAACUGGUAUGCUCCGAUUAACGAAGUAUCCGUUGCUGUUUGAAAAUCUGGCAAAAUACACACCGGACAGUAACGAGAAAGAGAAAGCUGACGUUUUGCGAAGUCUUGAAAGGAGCAAAGAAAUUUUGAGCGUGGUUAACCAGGCGGUUCGAGAAGCGGAGGAUUAUCAGCGACUCGCUGAAAUUCAACGAACCAUCGACCGAUCCGCUUUUGAUAAAUUCGAUCAUCCGACUGUCCAAGAGUUUAAAAAUAUCGACAUUACAAAACGUAAAUUAUUGUUCGAAGGCCCUCUGCAAUGGCGCAUGGUAAAUCGCCCGAAACCCGUCGACCUUCACGUCGUGCUGCUCGACGAUACAAUAUUUUUGCUUCACCGACAAGAUGACAAGUAUUUGCUUAAAUUUAUCAAUACCAAUCAAAUGAAUUCCGUGCUCAGCCCCAUCGUUCGCGUCUCCACCGUGCUCGUCAGAAACAACGCGGUCGACAAGAAUUCUCUCUAUCUAGUAAACACCUCACAAAAUGGCGCGCAGAUUUACGAUCUCGUCGCCGCUUCCAAAGCCGAGCGUGAAUUAUGGUGCAAACACAUUUCCGAAGCUGCUGAAGCUUAUUACAAAGCCCGCGAUCGCGAAGGACGUAGACCUACACCGCCUACCGCUAUGAACGAGGAACCCCCCGUUACCGAACAAAAUACCAAUUCAAAUCCUGAUACUACCAACGACAAGGGCAACGAACAAGACCAAGAUACUAAAGACUCCAACGAAGAUUCCAACGCUUCGAAGACUGAAGCUCAACCCGAAGAGGAAAAUCCUGAUGUUAAUAAUCAAACGGAGGUUAAUAACGAUCCUAAAAAUGACGAGGAACCGUCGCAGUCCCAAGAACGUCAUUCACCAAUACCUGGUUCCGUUGAACCCAUGAGAAUGGUUACUUGUACGCAAUGCUCGCUCAUUGAUCCGAUCGAAGUUCACACCGAAGUACGGCCUGUGCAUGUUGCCGAACCCGCUCUUACACCUAUAGAAUGUUUGAGACGGAAGGACGAGGUAAUAAAACGAGCUUUAAUCGAGAAACAGUCCCUGGUUGCCGAUAUUUUAAACAUACCGAAGGAAGAUUUUGAACAUGUGGCCGACAUGGCUUCGGAGGUGUCAGGACUGGAGAAAGAACCCACGGAAUUGAUCCUCGCUGCGAUCAGUCAAGCCAACAAUUUGAUGGGAAUGUUGAAUUCUGCACUUGCUGUUACCGAAACCGAGGCUGUUUUGGCUUCGAAAGGAACCAUCGUACCACCUUCUACCAGUUGCGAAACUACUGGAUGUCGGGUUGCGAGAAAUCACACUCAUCCAUAUCAGCCAGUCAUACCAGUCGCAGAUUUACAGCCUAUUUGCCAUUCUCUGACUUCACAAUUAUCGCAGCUAUUGGAAAUCGUUAAAGACCGAGAGGAUGAGCGUGAAAGGUUACGCAAAGAAUUGAGAAGCAGUAGAGAACGCCUACACGCGAUCGAUUCGGAAGCUCAGCGUCUGCAAUCCAACGUUCCUACAGUGGAAAUCCAUACUCAGACAGAUCACGAUGGUGUUCCAACUACCGAGGCUUGUUCCAACAUCAACAAAGAUGAAUUUGUGGAUGCUUACGGGGACCCGGAGGAAGAGGUAGAAUCGAAGACGACAAAGGGUGGUGGAAUCGAGACUGACGUGAUGGGCGACAGCGUAGGUUGAUAGCCCAUCGAUAACUGUAAUGUUUUCAUAUUCAAAACUCGUCUUUUCGGGAAGUUGUCAAUACAACAAAAGUUCGUGGGAACGAAAAAGCAAAAAAACAGAGCAAGAGCGAUGGCUUAUCGAACGUAACGAUGUCAUAAUUAGGUGUUCGUGAGAGCACAAAACUGAAAACUAUUCGUUUACGUUUAAAAUGGCGAAGGAAAGCAAAGAAAAAAAAACAAAAACAAAAACGCCUUUCACAAAGA